CAGAAACGUUUAAACCGGAACUACAUGCGAACGGAGAAGAAGAUGUCCCGCCGCACAGCCUGCUGGGUAAUAUGUUAAAGACAGCGCUACUUUGAUUGGAGCUCCGCGGCGCGUGCAGGCAGAAAGUAAAGACACAAUAAAGACACACAGUGAAGACAGAAUAAAGAUAAACGGAGAGUUUAAUGAAGAGACGCAGACACGGAAUACGAGACGGAAGCUGCUGAAGUCAUGUCAGUGUCUCUGUCUGCAGAGAGGGACAGGAUCCAGAGACAGGUGGAGGAGCUGGAACAGAUUCUGUCUGCAACAAACACUGAACAGGAACUGCUGAGCAGUGAGACAGGUGAUGAAUCAGAUGAUGAUGACUCGCAGGAAGAGGGGAGACAGUCUGCAGCAGGUCUGUUGGCUCAGAGAGAGAAGAUCCAGAAGGAGAUCCAGAACUUGGAGAACGUCCUUGGACCACAGAGUCCUACCUGUCUGUCAGAUGAUGAUGAUGAUGAUGAUGAUGUCAGCAGCAGCAGUGAGGAGAGUGAGCUGGGUCUGUCUGUGUCAGCAGAAUCAUGUCUACAGAUGAACCUGGUCUACCAGCAGGUCGUUCAAGAGACGCUGGACCAGCUGGAGACACUACUGACACACAAUCACAAACUGCAGAAGGAGCUUCUGUCUCAGCUGUCUGGACCAAUCAAAGAGUCUUCUAGGGAACAGCCCGCCCCCUCCUCCUUCCAGCAGCCAAUCGGCAUGUACCUGGGCCGCUUCCUCAAACCGUACUUCAAGGACAAACUGACAGGACUGGGUCCUCCAGCCAAUCAGGAGACGAAGGAGAAGGCCAGCAGGUUGACCGGCUGUCUGGACGACAAGAAGCUGAAAAUGAAACGAUGGGGGAGCUGGCAGAAGACCCUGUUGAUCAACUCCAUAGCCAAAGACAGUCUGAGGAGACUCAUCCAACCCAAACUUUCUAGGGUGGACUACCUGAGUCAGAAGUUGUCCUCAGCAGCAGAGACGGACAGACAGCAGCUCAGACAGCAGAUGGACAGUUUGGAGAGAGAGAUUGACCUGAUCAGAGCGAAGAAGGAGGAGGAGCUCCUUGGUGAUCGAUAUGAUGAACAUGAUUGGCAGAAAAUCUCCAAUAUUGAUUUUGAGGGCACGAGGGAUGCUGAGGACAUCCGUAGUUUCUGGCAGAACUACCUCCACCCGUCCAUCAACAAGACUGCGUGGAGUAAGGAGGAGGUGCACCAGCUGAAGGAGGUCAGCAGGAGACAUGUGGAGAGAAACUGGGAGACCAUCGCUGCAGAACUGGGGACGGGGAGGACGGCCUUCCUGUGUCUUCAGACAUUCCAGCGUUUUGCCUCGGACUCAUUAAAACGAAGUAGUUGGACUCCUGAUGAAGACAAUCUGCUCAAAGAGCUCGUGGACAAGUUGAGGAUCGGAAACUUCAUCCCCUACACACAGAUGAGUUACUUCAUGGAGGGUCGGGACCCAGCUCAGCUGAUCUACAGAUGGAACCAGGUUUUGGACCCGAGCCUGAGGAAAGGCAUGUGGACCAAAGAGGAGGAUGAGCUGCUGCUCCAGGCCGUGUCUCACCAUGGAGAGAAGAACUGGUGGAAGAUCCGCCUGGAGGUUCCUGGACGCACCGACUCCAGCUGUAGAGACAGGUAUUAUGACUGCCUGAAGGCGGGGACAAAGAGAGGAGCGUUUGACCAACAGGAGGUAGAGCUGCUACUGCGGCUGGUGGACAAACAUGGAGUUGGUCGCUGGGCGAAGAUUGCCACAGAGAUUCCUAAUCGGUACGACGCUCAGUGUCUGAGAGAGUGGAGGAAACUGAGCAGAUCAGCAGCUGCACCUGUUCAGAAAAACAAAAAAAAGAAGAAAACUUCAAAGAGUAGUGGAGUACAGCCAAAGAAGAAGACGAAGAUAAGGACGAAGGCAGCUGGCACCGCUAAAAGGAGUAUCAGGAGUCGGCUGAUGACGCUGAAGGAGGAGGAGGAAGAGGAGGAAGAGGAGGAGAGCAGUGAGGACGAGGGGAUGGUGGUGGAGUACAUGGACAGUGAUGAAGAGGAGAAAAAGAAAAAGAGGAAGAAGAAGAAGGAGGUGAUGAAGGCGGAGAAGGAGUACACCUUUCCUCCCAUGCAGGAGUGGAUUCCAGUAGAAAAAGCACAGGCACCUUUCACCUUCCUGAGCUUUCGACCAGUGGAGUUACCUUCCUCUGGAGUUACCCACAGUCGUGUGCGGUCGACCAUCGUGGGCCAGUUCGGACGCUCCGUGAUCAUCGGACCAGCUCCCAGAGAGCUGCAGUGGGGGGAGCGCCACAGCAGCAGCACCAUGAUGAUGGUGUCACCUGACCAGCUCCGAGCCCACCUGCACUCCCAGGAGCACAAAUUCAAAACCCGGAGCUCCGGCCCCCGAGGGAGGGCCAGGACCAAUGACCAGAACCCACUGGGCCGAGUGACGGACAAGGGGAUCUACUACCAGCUGCAGGCCGCCGUGACGCCGUGGAUCGGCAACCUGCUGAUCCCGCCAAAACACAGGCAGACGGAAGCCGAUGUCCUGAGGGAGCGAGCAGAGAAGACCAAGCUCUGCUCGACUCCUGUCUUCCUGCUCCUCCUCCAGACCUUGAACGUGGAUGUCGUUGGCUGUAAGGAGAUGAUAGAGCAGAGGAGGAACAAGGUGGUGUCACUGGCUCCGCCUCAAUGCCCUCGCUCCGUUCGUCCAAACACCGUCGCAGGAAUCCUGCAGCAGAAGAGAGCCAUAAAGGAGGAGCUGCGGGAGUUCAACCAGCAGCACAAACUGAUCCUGAAGCAGCUUCAGGAGCUGCAGCAGAAACAGAAACAACAGCUGCUCAGACAGCAGCAACCCCACCUUCCUCAUCCCCAUCCUCCUCCUUGCCCAACCACGCCCUCUCAGAAUUGUCCCCGCAUUCUCCUUCAGAUGCCUCCUUUGAUGUCUCCCAUGUCAUUUCCUCAGGCCGUCUUCAUCCCUCAUCCUGUCACGCAGCCUUGCGCUCCCUCUGUCCAGUCUCCCUCUGCCCUGAACACAUCCCCCUUAGCUCCACCCGACCCUCCUCCUGUGGGGGUCGACUCCUCUCCGUCACCUCCACAUCCUGCUCCUCACAGUGUCACUCCUGUCUCUGUGGUCUCAAAGCCCCUGAACACCACAUCUACUUCAUCUGCCUCUCUCCAACAAGAAGCUCCACCUUCCACCCAAAACCUGAUCAUUGCCUCGCCCGCGUCCUCUAACCAACAUGUUACUGUUGGUUCUACACCGCCCAGUCAUCACGCCCCUCCCUCCACCUCCAGCAGCCCCGUCACCUGCACCAGUAAGCCUCAUCCUGCCCCUCAUCCAAGUAGCGUCACCUCGAGUUCACCCAAAGGGAGGGGCCAAAAGGUGGCUGUCUGCAGCAGUCAGAGUGGGGGAGAUUUGGGCUGGGCAGGUGAUGGUGUGGGUGGGGUGAGUGACAGUAUGAUUAAAGAAGGAAGGAGGGUUAGGACGCCGAGUCAGAAGGCCAAAGCUCUGCAGGAAGCCACCGAGGCCAAGGCUGAAGCCAAGAAGAAAGCUGCUUCAUCUCCACGAAAGAGAGCUCAGAUCCAGACCAUCGCUCCUGCUCCUCCUCAGACCUUGGUCCCUCCUCACACUGUUGUCUCUGCUCCUCCCCAGACUGUUGUCACUGCUCCUCCUCAGCAGGUCUGCACUGUUCCCAUCCAGUCCGUACGUCAGACUCCUCCCUCCUCCUUGACCAGUCCUCCAACAGCUCCUCAAAGACCUCCUCCUGCCAGGGUCGUUUCCUGUCCUCUGACCAAAGCUACACCUCCUUCUGCUCCUCCUCCUGUAGCUGUGAGCCCGUCCUCAUCGCCCUUAAACGCCACACCUGCCGGCUCUGACAGGACUGUGUCCUCAACUCAAAACCCCAGUUUAGCCCUGCCCCCCUCCAUACAGACUAAUCAGCACACUGCUUCCUCCUGGUCAAGCCCAACGGCUCCUCUCCCCAACGAUCAUGACUACACCUGUUUUAAUCUCCCCUCCAGUCAUGAUGGCUCAAACUCAAAUCAGCUGACCCCUGACUCCUCCCCUAACACGCGUCCCAAAGCCCCCCCCAGUCGGAGGAAACGAGGGAGGAGGGAGGAGCAGCCGAGCGUGACGAGCAGUCAGGAAGACAAAGGUGUGGGUGGGACAGGUACAGGUGUGAUCCAGGAAGGAAGGAGGAUUCGGACCCAGACUCCGAAGGCCAGAGCUUUUCAGGAGGCAAAGGCUGAAGCCAAUAAGAAGAGAACAACUUCUUCUUCUCCUCGUAAGAAGCGUUGUCGUAAGUCCCGCCCUAAAGAGGAAGUUGUCGCACAGAGCCAGCCGAUGACUCCGCUUCCUGGGAUCUGUUUACUUACUGAUCAAUCCAUGUGGGUCAUGACUCCUGGUGGGCUGGUCAAGUUGGCAGCCUCGCCCCCCGGCACACAGCAGGUGUGUGUACCAAGCGCUCCCCUCCCAGCUCUACCCAGGAAUAAUUUAAACCAUCAGCUGGCCACGCCCCCUCAAAUCACCAACGGCAGCCUGCGAUCAAUCGCACCUCACCCCCCUAACCCUGAGCCUGUCCCUGUAGGCCUCCCCGUUCUGAAUCAACUGAGCGCUUUUCCUGCCCCGCCCACCUGUGUCUCUAAACCCCUCCCCCCAGGCUUCAUCCUGCAGCCCCUCUCAGACCCUGACUCCUCCCCCCAGCCUCUUCUGAAAGUCCUUUUGCCAUAUAAGGGCACAGUCAGAGCGGACCCGGCAGCACCCCCUCCCCUCAGGAGGGAGCCACUGCAGUUUGACCCCUCCCUGAUAUUCCUGGAGUCCCAGAAGGUGGUGCGUGAUUGGCUGAGCGGUCGUGGAGGAGUGGUGGUACCUGGAGCGGGCGUUGCUCUUCCGUAUUUGCCGCCGUUCAUCAGCAGUCUGUGUACUCUGAGCGCGCUGCUGCGGGCCAAAGAUUCUCUGACCAAAUCGUCUCUGCAGCUGCUGAGUCAAGGCUCCGAACCCCGACGCUCGACAACCACACCCAUACCUGACGACAGCACUGAGAUGACUUCCAGUCCGCCUCCCGACCUGCCUGACUCAACCUCUGACCUCCGACCAGCGCAGGACUCUGAAGCUCCCUCCGUCAACUCUGACCUUCCGCAGGAAGACGAGGAGAAGCUUGUGGCAGUGGUACGUCAGCUGGUGGCGGAGCGUUUCUCAGGUAACCCCGCCUACCAACUGCUAAAGGCUCGCUUUCUGUCCUGCUUCACUAUCCCCGCCCUUCUGGCCACCAUGCAACCAAUCAGAGAGAGAAAUAUGGCCUGCCCAGCCAAUGAGGAGGAAGAGGAGAAGGAGGAUGAGGAGGAUGAUGAGGAGGUGACGGAGCUGAAGAAGAUGAAAGAGUCAGGAAGACGGAGGAGAGCUGAGAGAUCUGUGCUGCUGUGUGACGGGUCAGGAGCUCCAGCCAAUCACUUCUCAGGAAUCAUCACCAGCACACCUGGACCGGACCGGACUGGAUCGGACCAGUAAAACCAGACUGUUACAGAUCUAAACGUUUAGUUCAGAUCUUCAGUUUCAGCUGAAAAAUGAUCCUGAUUAAAUGUGUCAGCUGAGUUAAAAAAUGAAGAUGAAAUGAAACAAAUCAGUUUGAGUUUUGACGUUUCAGAUUUUCAGAGUCUGUAGAUUUCACUGGACCCAAACCUGACGUCUUCUUUCUGAAAGUCAAGUUCAGUCAGUUUUUCGUCUUUUCUGAAGAUUAAACGAAGAACCUGAAACAAUCUUAAGAUCUCAGAGUCAACGGGAGCAUCUAAAGACAAUCUGAAAAAUCUGACAUUUGAGAGUUGACUGAGUUUUUGAGUCAGAGUCAGACGUCCUGAUGACAGAGCUCAUAAAUCAGCAGCUGAUUCUCAAAUGUCUGAGUGUCCUUAAAUGCACCAACACAGACAAAGUUAAAACAAAUCUUGUUAUGAAUAAAUGAAGUUUCAGUCUGCAGAAGGAUUUUCAUCAAAACAAAGUAAAACUAGUUCAUGCUUCAAGGACGGAGAUCAGUCAGUAACAUGAUUAGUUAUUGGACAGUCAUCAGGAGGGACGUGAAGAUGAGUAAAGCAAAGUUUCACAGAAUAGUUUGGAGCUCUGUGGUGCAUUCAGGAACCUCAGGAAAAAAGUGACAAAAUUGCACUAAAAUAUGUUGUUUGUUAUUUUUGGUUCUUGCGUGAUUUACUUUUUAUUCAGCUUUUGUAAAGUUCUGUAAUUAGGAGCUGAUUAUUUUGUAAUAAAGAGACAAUUAUGUGAAAUGUAGCUGUGUGUGC